AUGUCGACCGACAAGGGCGAAGUCACGGCGAUGGAGUUCCCCACGGGGAGCUCAAUGACAGCCAAGCCGAGCUUCGGGGCGCGGAUGAAGGCGCAUUUUAAGAAAUGGUGGUGGGUGCAUUUGAUCGUCUUCAUUGUGGUCUUCCUCGUGAUCCUGUUGCCAGUAAUCUUUGUGGGCUACCCCAACAUCGCCCAGAGUCAAGUCAACGACUCUACACUCAACAUCACGAGCAUGGUCAUCGACGAUCCUACGCCCAAAUCAUUCCGCCUCAUCCAGACCCAAGUUCUGGGCUCCCAGAGCUCAUUCCACCCUAAAAUCUACUCUUUCCUGGCCUCCGUCUCGCUGGUCGGAGCCGCCCAUGCUUUCACCUCUGUCCAAGUUCCCGAAACCACCUCCCGCGACGGCGUCAAGAUCAAUCUCGACCAGACUGUCGACCUCAGCAAUGCCAACGCUUUUGGCGACUUUGCCAAGGCGGUCAUGCUGCAGAAGGAUGUUGAGCUGGAAAUUUCGGGUAAACCUGAGUUGCAACAGGGUUCCUUGCCCAAGACCACCGUCAACUAUGAUAAGACUGUCACCAUGAAGGGCUUGAACAAGCUGGAUGGCUUCAAUGUCUACGACGUGCAUACCAUGAAUCCGCCCAAGAAUGGCCAUAACUUGCGUGGAACUGUCUACAUUCCCAAUCCGACGGUGAUGACCAUCACUAUGGGUAACGUGACUCUGAACCUAUACCAGGACGGCACAUUGAUGGGCUACUCAUACAUCAACGAUCUCAUUCUCAAGCCAGGCAACAACACCCUGGAAAUGACUGCUGAGGUCAAUUACGCCAAAGUGCUUGGCCUAGUCCUGCCAUCUUCGACUGCCAAAUACGGCAAGACCGGUAUCGCUCCCUUUACUAUCACCGGUAACUCGAGCGUCUACAACGGCCAGGAGCUGCCGUAUUUCUCCAACGCCUUGGCUGCCAACAACCUGACUGUUGAUCUGAAUAUUCUCGCUGCCAUUUAA